AUGUUGGAUACAAAUCAAUUGUACUUUCAUCGAUGGUGGCCUCUUGUUGGUGGAAUAGCUGCUGCAACUGUAUCUGUGGCAGUUGGGACAUGGUGGUGGUACCGGGCACCUCCAGCUGGCAAAGCAGUGGAAUCCAAGACAUUUGACAUCAAAGAAACAACAUUGAAGGCUCCUUCUGAAUGGGUCCCUGUUGCCAAGGUGUCCUCAAUUUUCAUCUAUCCUGUGAAAUCCACUCAUGCAGUGUCAGUCCAAGAGGCCAUCUGCACACCACAUGGCCUCAAGAGUGGAUCCAUUCGAGAUAGAGUGUUCAUGGUGAUAGAUGAGAAUCAUAAAUUUGUUUCGGGAAAGGUUCUGCCUAAAUUAGUCCUGGUAUCUUCAAAACUGGAAGGUGACACUCUUUAUCUCAGCGCACCGGGGCAAGAGUCACUCAUAGUGAAUUUGAAGGAGGUUGAACAGGAGAAUAACAUUAUCACGUGCAGGAUGCGUGCAGACGACAUUGAUGGUCUAGACCUCGGCAAUAAAGUUUCAGAAUGGCUGACUGCCUUUGCUUGUCCAUCUGAAGUUGGAAUUGAGUCUCUUCACAUUGUCUAUCAUUAUCGAAACCAGAGCACACGAAAGUGGGAGGAGAGUGAGGCAUUCCCUCUCCUGAAGGCCUCUGAUAAUUCAUUCUAUGCUGACAUGACAGCUGGGAUGCUGUUGUCUGAAGGGAGUGUUGAAGACCUCAAUUCACGCCUGAAGAGCAACUUGAGUGGAAUCUCCGUUGGGAAAGGGGUGACUCCUCUCCACUUCCGACCCAACAUUCUGGUGUCUGAAUGUGAACCUUAUGCUGAAGACCAAUGGAAAUGGAUGAGGAUUGGAGAAGUCAUCAUGAGACAAACUGGACCCUGUUCACGGUAA